AUAAAAUAUUUUUCACUAAUCUCUUUCACCAAUUUUCAUCGCUGAAACAACAAUGGCACCGGAAUCGGAGAUUCCUCUAAAUUUCUGGGGCAACAUGCCCGAAGAAGAAUACUACACCUCUCAAGGAGUACGUAACACUAAAUCACACUUUGAAACUCCCAACGGUAAAAUCUUCACACAAUCCUUUCUCCCACUCAACGCUGAUAUCAAAGCCACCGUUUACAUGACUCACGGCUACGGCUCCGACACCGGCUGGCUCUUCCAAAAAAUCUGCAUCAAUUUCGCCACCUGGGGUUACGCCGUUUUCACCGCCGAUCUCUUAGGUCACGGCCGUUCCGAUGGUCUCCGUUGCUACCUCGGCGACAUGGAAAAGGUCGCCGCCACCUCACUUUCAUAUUUCCUCGACGUCCGUCGUAGUCAACCUUACAACAACCUCCCGGCGUUUCUGUUCGGUGAGUCAAUGGGUGGUUUAGCUACAAUGCUGAUGUACUUUCAAUCAGAACCGGACACGUGGACGGGUUUGAUAUUCUCGGCGCCGCUUUUCGUGAUUCCCGAGGAUAUGAAACCUAGUAAGGUUCAUUUAUUUGUGUACGGUCUUUUGUUUGGUUUAGCUGACACGUGGGCUGCUAUGCCUGAUAACAAAAUGGUUGGAAAAGCGAUUAGGGAUCCAAAUAAGCUGAAGAUUAUUGCUUCUAAUCCAAGAAGGUAUACGGGCCCACCUAGAGUUGGGACCAUGAGGGAACUUCUCAGGGUUACUCAGUAUGUACAAGAUCAUUUCUCUAAUGUAACGGUGCCGUUUCUUACGGCACAUGGUACUGCUGAUGGUGUCACGUGCCCUUCUUCUUCUAAGCUUUUGUAUGAGAAAGCUUCAUCUAAGGAUAAGACUUUGAAGCUUUAUGAUGGAAUGUAUCAUUCUUUGAUUCAAGGGGAGCCUGAUGAGUCUGCUAAUCUUGUGUUGGGAGAUAUGAGGGAGUGGAUUGAUGAGAGGGUCCGAAAGUAUGGACCUAGGAACAAUUCUCUAUAAAAAUAAAAAACAAAGUUGUAUUUUCUUUUUACUUUUAUUUUUCAUACAAAUUUUUAGUUUGGAAGUACUUUGUCUCAAUAAUCAAGACUUGAUUAAGGACUAAUGAAAUUAUUGUGACUA